AUGCCCGUAGAUGGGUAUAAGUUGAUCAGAGCUUCGGGAGGGAUUGACGUGUUGGGGGAGGUGAAUGAGAAAAGCGCAGAAGGUAGCUUCCCCUCUCGCCUUCGCCUCCCCGGCAAAUAUAAGCCGCUAUCCCCGCAACUGGCACACAACAUUCCAUCCAUGCCCUUGUUGCCAGGAAUCCUACCAUUGUGCUUCGAAGAUAUCAUUGACCUACGCCGUUUUCUCCCAUCGGAUGUGAAGAGCGAGAUGAGCAGCCGCCCCAGCGAUCGUCCAAGUGACCGUCCUGAUCAUCCUCCCGUCUGGGUUCGUGGUGGACCUCCUUAUUACUACAUUCCCACAAGACCAAGCAUAUCCACAUCCCCCAGUGAAACUCUGAGACGGGCCUCCACAACAUCCACCCUCUCCAGCUCUCAUGAGAGCACGGGGGGAACCAUUUCUCCACCUCCGAGUCCUGAAGCCUCUCCCGUGCAGCCCUCCGGGCUCGGACCUCCCUUCCCCUUUCCGUCCUUUGGCAGCAGCCCACUCACACAUCAAACAUCUCCACCCCUGCGACCGCCAUAUAUGGCUCAGCAACCGCCUCACACUUCGGUCUCGGGCUCGGGCUCCAAAACCGAAGACGAAGGUUCACUACGCCCCAAUGCAUUCCGCAGACGCAACUCUGUCAGCGGGACAAAUCUCUUCUCCAACCUCGCGUCCCAGAAGCGGAAUACGGCAGACACCAGCUUUGCGUUACGCAGGGCGCAGUGGCAUGAGCAGAAUGUUGGCGCGGGGCCGGAGAAGAGGCGGUUCUUCUCGAGUUGGUGGGAUAAUUAUGUGAGAGGUAUCAAGCCAAAUGAAAAGUGA